GCCGCUGUCUUGGGGAGCGCGGUUGAUCACUCCGGAGUCCCGCGGUCGGGAGCUCAGUGCCACAACAAGAUGGACACACUGUCGCCCAAUGUCACCAGUACUUGGGGAAACGAGAGCCAGAAGCAACCUUCCCCGGGCAACCAGUUCAUCCAGCCCUUCUGGCAGAUCGCGCUGUGGUCCAUCACCUACGGCUCGGUGGUAGCCGUGGCCGUCUUCGGCAACCUCAUCGUCAUCUGGAUCAUCCUAGCGCACAAGAGAAUGCGCACGGUGACUAACUACUUUCUGGUCAACCUCGCCUUCUCCGACGCCUCCGUGGCUGCCUUCAACACGUUGGUCAAUUUCAUUUACUCCGUCCACAACGACUGGUACUUCGGAGAGACUUACUGCCGCUUCCACAACUUCUUCCCCAUCGCCGCCGUGUUCGCCAGCAUCUACUCCAUGACGGCCAUUGCCGUAGACAGGUACAUGGCCAUUAUACAUCCUCUACAGCCAAGAAUGUCAGCAACAGUAACGAAAGUCAUCAUUGCAAGCAUUUGGGGUUUGGCCACUGUUCUUGCAUUCCCUCUGUGCUAUUACUCAGAAAUCAAACAACAGCCAGGGCGUGUUCUUUGCCAACUGAAUUGGCCAGGAGAUUUCAUAUACCAAAUUGCUUUGCUGAUUCUGGGAUAUGUCCUGCCAUUAGUUGUGAUGGGUAUUACCUACGCCAUUGUUGGAAUCACGCUGUGGGGUGGGGAAAUUCCUGGGGACACAUCUGACAGCUACCAUGACCAGCUCAAAGCUAAACGAAAGGUUGUUAAAAUGAUGAUUGUGGUGGUUUUCACCUUCACCGUUUGCUGGCUGCCCUACCACGUCUUCUUUCUCGUCACCAAGCAGUAUCCAGAAGUAAGCAACUGGAAGCCCAUACAACAAAUUUUCUUGGCUGUGUUUCUACUGGCAAUGAGUUCCAACAUGCACAACCCUAUCAUAUACUGCUGCUUGAACAGCCGAUUUCGUGCUGGGUUCAAGAGGGCUUUCCAGUGGUGCCCCUUCGUUGUAUUUUCUACCUACGAUGAACUGGAACUACAGUCGACCAGGUUUCACCCCACUCGGCAGAAUAGCGCCAACACCAUCACCCGCAUGGAGUCCAACAUGACAGUGGAGUUCGAAACAUCUAAAACUGAUAGUGUGGAGGCAUGCAGGAAAAAGGGUGCAGUUGCACGAAAUGUGAGUUUCAAUGGACAUGCUCGAAAUAAUUCUAAAAACACUUCCCGAAGUUCGACUUACUUUAGCCAAGUAAGCACAUCUUUGGACGACUACUCAUAGAGCAACAGGUUGUAUUAUUUAAUUUGUCAACUGGGCAUGCACAAUUGGUGCCAUUCAACAUGGAGGCUGUUUCCUGGAUGUCAUUUUGGCUUUGUAAUUACAACUCUCCCCACUUGAGGCACAAAGCCUUAGGUUCAAUCCCAUUUCAGCACUUGGACUAGUGAGAUGACGUUGCUAUUACUGCACUGGUAUCCUUUGAAUUAUGAAAUUGGGUCAUUUUUCAUGGCCUCCAGGGGGUGAAAGCAGAACUGAAUUCCACUGUUGAUUCUAAUCACUGCAACCGCAUGGCUAAUAGGCACCCAUGUUUAUACAAGUUGGUUCCCGUUGUGGCUUGUUAAUGCAUAUUUCACAUACAAGUGCCUACAGUGUUGAAUCUCUAUUGCCAGGUGUAGUAUUACCUGGCCAAUGGUCCAUAAAGACCAAAACAGAUAACCUGAGAAACUGUAGGACCAGUUUUAGCAAACAUGCAGUGAGCAUUAGGUAGCACAAUUCCAGUAACUUUUUAAUGUUUUGUCUCAGUCUUUGAGGAACAUCAGAGUUGUCCUGACCAAUGGCAACCACUCAAUAGCAAAAAAAAUUAGAUGGGUAUUUAAGGG